AUGCCAAACAGCAAACCGUCACAAGCCUUGAAAAACCAUGUCAAUCAGAAUGUGAAGCAGGUGGUCCUGGGAAACCUUCAGUUUAAGGCGUGGUUUGAUUCGCGUUACCCUGAAGAGCUAGUGAGACCUGGCGAUGGAACGCUGUACGUCUGUCGGUGGUGUUUCCGAUAUACAUGCGACAAGCAAGCCUACCUAAGCCACACGUCCACAUGCGCAAGCAAGGAUUCACCACUCGGCACCCAAGUCUACAAACAUGGCGGAUAUUCAGUGUGGGAGGUCGACGGCGAGGAUCAAAAGCUCUUUGCUCAGAAUUUGUCUCUCUUUGCAAAGCUGUUUCUGGACCACAAGUCCGUCUUCUUCGACGUGUCCUCGUUUUUAUACUAUCUUCUCGUCUAUACGAAUCCUGCAGAUCCGGAUGACUACCAUGUACUGGGGUUUUUCUCAAAGGAAAAGAUGUCAUGGGAUGCUAAUAAUUUAGCAUGUAUUCUCAUCUUCCCACCAUACCAACACAAGCAACUGGGCAAGCUCUUGAUGGGUAUUAGUUACAAACUGAGUGCGUGGGAAUGGAAUGAUGGAGUUAUCGGUGGACCUGAGAAACCUCUUAGUGAGAUGGGCCAUAAGAGCUAUGUGAGAUUUUGGGAGGAGAGGAUGGCUAGAUUCCUCCUUCAUGUAAGCACUAGCGGAGUGAAGGACGAGCAACCCAAGGCCAGUAACGCGAAACCACCACCUACAAAGAAAUAUAGGAAGAAGCCGCCUCGAGAGCGGAUGUCAAUUCAGGAUAUCGGGCAGGCAACUGGUAUGCUAGCCGAGGAUGUCCUCACGGCCUUGAAUUCAAUGGGAGUUGUUCAAGCAGAGAAACCCGUGAAACGGAAACGAGCCUCACAGCCAGAAGGUGAUGAUGGCCUCCCAACUGCGGUCAUAAGAAGGUCCAAUGUCCUGGAAUGGUCCAAGUCGCACAAGGUGAACUUACGGGAUCCCGUCCAUGAAGAAGGAUUCGUAGGGGAAUGGGCCACUAGCAGUGACAAGGAAUCGGGUUGA